GAACCAAAGUGCGAGCGUCACAAACAUCACCGGGCAGAUUUCACCGGCGUACCCGGGAGCCUCCAAUGACAGGUAACGCUCGACAACAACAUCAAGUUGAUGCUGGCCUCUCUGUCCAUGAUGAUGUCACAUGGUUUCAAGAGCAGUAAGCAGGACUUCAACUUUGGACCAUGGAAAGUGACUGCUUCCAAAAACCACAUUAUGAAGUCCAAAGACAUUGAACGGUUAGCAGAAGACAUGAACAUGCCUUCUCUUCCAGAGAUGUUGUUUGGAGACAACAUACUGCGCAUCCAACACACGGACGGUUACGGGAUUGAAUUCAAUGCUGUUGAUGCUCUGAAGAGAGUCAGCAACAUGGAGGAUAGUGUCAAGGUGGCGUGUGCUCAGGAAUGGCAGGAGAGCAGAGCUGAUUCUGAACACUCCAAAGAUGUGAUCCGACCUUAUGACUGGACUUACACCACAGACUACAGAGGGACUCUGACAGGAGAAAGCAUGCAGAUAAAGGUGUCUGAGACAGCCGAGCGUAUUGACAUGGAGAAGCUUAAGGCUCGGGAACACAUCAUGUUCUUUGAUGAGGUGCUGCUGUUUGAAGAUGAGCUGCACGACCAUGGAGUCUCUAUGCUUAGCGUCAAAAUUCGAGUGAUGCCGACCAGCUUCUUCCUGUUGAUGCGUUUCUUCCUGCGAGUGGACGGAGUGCUGAUUAGAAUAAAUGAUACUCGACUAUAUCACGAGGCUGGGAAGGAUUACAUGCUGCGAGAGUUCACUACGAGGGAAAGCAAAAUCUCAGAGCUGAAGAAUGUUCCGGCUCCACUGUUCACUGAUCCCAAUGAGGUGGCCCAGUACUUAACCCUGAAGAUGACCGAGUGUGAGAAGCUGGAACUUCCUGUGCUGCAGACUCACACAGCUGAUAAUAAAGUCAUUGAGUGACAGUAUAGUGAAAGAUCCGGACUAACUGUUCUGCAUAGUGACAAACAGAAAUAUUAGUCUUAAACUGUUCCUUUAUCUCACACCAACACAAAGCCAUGACUGCUCUUACAAUUAUCUGUACAGGAACAACUUUUUUCAUACAGUUUGCCCUUAAAACUAAAAUCUGCUUCCUGUUUUGUUCAUAUUUGAUAUUUCUUAUUAUGAGACUUGCUUUGUAACAUAAAGCAUUGUAGAAUAACUGUUUCUAAUAUUAGUUCAUCAGUAAAAAAAAAAAUUAUGAUGAUUUUUCCAAAUUCAAAAUCAACAGUUUGUGUAAAUAUCCCUGCUGAAGGUGUUGAAGUGUAUUCGUCCUUUGUGUCUGAAGCACCUUCAGAUUCAAAUGUCUCCCAUAUGGCCACAUAAAUUUUGUUUCUGUAGUAACUAUGUUGCUUUGUGUGUGGUCGAUAGUUCUUUCCUGACAAAACAGUAUCAACAUUUUUAAAUCAUUCCCUCUAUCAGACAGCAUUCCGGUUGGACUCCAGCUGGGAGCGCUUUGAGCCUCACCAGGUGAACAAUGAGAACAUGUGAUGAUGGUGUUUUGUAAUAAUAGCAUAAUGGCAGUAAUAAUAUUGCACAAAAGAUGUUUAAAGUAGGAAUUGUUAUUACAUUAAAUAAUGUAAUUUAUAACAAA